AUGCACUCUAAAUGGACCCUGAAGCGAUUCAAUCCGCAACUCCAAAUAAUGUCGCACCUCCUACAUUUCGCACGUGCCAUCUCGCUGCAGCGCCCUCCCCCAUCCCCUCCACUAACCUUCCUCUUCAUCUCCUCCAUUGCAACUAUCGGCUACCAUCCACUUCACACUCACUCUCCUAUCGUCCCCGAAUCCCGCGUGCCCAUUGCCAGUGUCCUUCCCACAGGCUAUGGUGAGGCAAAAUACAUCUGCGAGCGCAUGCUUGACGCCACGCUCCAUCUUCACCCAACCCGUUUCCGAGCCGCGGCCCUGCGCCUCGGCCAAAUAGCAGGUAGUGCGCGCAACGGUCACUGGAAUCCCAUGGAACAUGUUUCCUUUCUUGUCAAGUCAUCGCAGACGCUGGGCGCACUGCCGAAUCUCCCCGGCACGGCGGGCUGGACGACCGCCGAUGAUGUCGCGGGCACGGUGCUGGAUAUCUGCAUGCAACAUGGGGACGUUAAACUACGUCCAAUCUACCAUGUGGAGAAUCCCGUGCGCCAACCCUGGUCGCACAUGUUGUCCGUGCUGGCGGAUGCUUUGGGCAUUGCGGGGGAUGGGAGCGGGAUUAUCCCGUUUGAGGAGUGGGUGGGACGGGUGAGGGAUUGGAAGAUUGUCGAGGAUAAUCGGGCCGAGGGGAGGAAUCCCGCGUACUUGCUGGUGGAUUUUCUGGAGGAGCAUUUUGUGAGAAUGAGUUGUGGGGGGUUGUUGAUGGGGACGAGGGGCGCGAGAGGCCAUUCCGCGACGUUAAGUGGGGUUUUGGGUGUGGAGGAUGCGUUGAUUAGGAGGUUUGUAGAAGGAUGGAGGGGAAUGGGAUUUCUUGAUUAG